GUCUCUAUUGCCAGACAAAAAAAAAGCAAAUAACUAAUUGCUCUAUUAAUGUCAUUGUCAUUAUCAACAAAACGUAUCGUAUAGAUAUAUAUUUGUAAAUAGAUUGAUGGAUGCUAGAGGGGAAACAGGAAAAACAGCUUUCUCUAAUAGGGGAAAUAACAAGCUUAGUUUCAUCUAUUUUUACAUCAGAGGUAUAAGUAUGACAAAAAUAGUGAAAAUAUCAUUUUUGUGGCAUUGCACAAUUAUUUGUUUCGCAGGAUUGACUGCGUCUUUUACUAUAGAAGUACCAAAAUGUAGUCCUCCAGACUUCCCGAUGUGGGGAGGUUAUGGACCCAUACAAAGUGACUAUGAUGUGGGAGACAGCAUCCAUUACUUUUGCAAUACUGACACCUACAUAGGUGGUAACUAUUAUCGGAGAUGCGAAGACAGUGGAGAGUGGUCUGGGGACACGCCAGUGUGCGAUGAAGUAGCGAGUAUAACCUUUGUAAACCAAACGAGCACUGCAGAACCAGAAGAAGAGAAUGAUGCUGAUCUUGCAACAGAUGAAGAUCGAACUACGUGUACAUCCACAGCUGCUGGUCAGCGCCAAUAUUGGAUGGGAAUAUUUAAGGAUCCUGGAGAAUUAAUUCGAGUCAUGGUUUUCAUGCCUCGAGGAGAUGUCUCCUAUGAGGUUCUCCUUUUGAAGCGUAAUGGAUCAGUUCUAAGUUGUGGAGAAAAAAGAGGCAGAAAUGGUCAUUUAGGAUGGGAAUUUCAUAACUGCCCUGGACCCCACAACAAAGAUGCGAUGGGAAUAAAAAUAAUAUCACUCUCUCCCAAACCACUUCAAAUUUGUGAAAUUGCAGCCCACGUUAUGACAUCCCCAACUUGCGUUGACCCACACCUGCGUAUAGACGAUGGUCUAAUCCAGCUGACCCGAAAAACUGCUUCACUGCGUUGUAAGCCAGGUUACACAGAAAGUUCGGCAACUCGAUUGGAAUGCGUGCGUAAUGGUGUAUGGAAUAAAAAAAGCCUCUUCUGCAUACCUCCUCCAUGGGAAGCCGUAGAAACUCAUCCUAGAGUUUGAAACUAAUGUACCUGUAAAUAAAAAUGUCACCUAAAGCUUUUAUGUAA